AUGGCAACUUUCGUGGAAAAUGUCGCAUUCAUCGGUUUGGGUGCCAUGGGAUACGCCAUGGCAAAAAAUAUCCGCAAGGAAAUGGCACCGAGUGGAACCCUUUAUGUUUUUGAUGUCUUCGGACAUGUCUGUGAAAAAUUCCGAGACGAGUUCAAAGGCUUUGGCCCCAUUGUGAUCGUCGAGUCCCCGAAGGAGGCAGCUGCAUUGUCCCAAACAAUUAUUUCCAUUGUCCCUGGUGCCAAGGAAGUCCGAGAUGUCUAUCUGAAUGAUAUCUCGGGAGUGAUUACGGCUCCCAAGAACGAAGACCGAUUGAUAAUGGAGUGCAGUACAAUAGAUUCCCAAUCUAGCCGAGAGAUCGGGCAAGCGCUUGGGACUGCGGGUGCAGGAACAUACAUCGACACACCUGUCUCGGGCGGAGUUCCAGGUGCAGAUUCCGGAACAUUAUCAUUCUUGAUAGGGCACAGCAAGCCCUCUGAUACUGAUCCGAUCUCUCAUCGACUAGAGAGAGUUGCAGCGAUGAUGGGAAAUCCGAAGAAGUUCUUCUACUGUGGCAAGCUCGGAGCUGGGCUGGCUGCGAAGAUCAGCAAUAACUAUUUGUCCUGUUCUAUUCUACUGGCAGUCGCGGAGGCGAUGGCUAUUGGUAUUAGAUCGGGCGUUGAUAAGAAGCUUCUCCAUGAGGUCAUACACAAUUCGACCGGUCAAAGCUUUAUGGCCGAUGUGGUUCAGCCGGUCCCUGGAGUCGUUCCCGAUGCUCCUAGCAGCAAUGAUUAUAAAUUGGGAUUCAAGACGCAGAUGAUGAUCAAGGAUCUGGGUCUAGGUAUUGAUGCGGGGUACGCGACGGGGAUCAAGCCUACCAUGGCGGAGGCCGCGUAUAGUGUUUACGAGAAUGCUGCUGUUGACCCAAACUGCAUUGAUCGGGAUGGAUCCUCCGUUUAUCUGCAUAUCACUGCAAGCCAAGAAGGCAAGGAGGAUUAA